AAUAUUAAUGUCUGAAUAAUAGCAUAAAUCAACGUCAUAGUUUGCGUUACUCAUUUCAAAUGCAGUUUUAGGGGCAUUUUUCUUUGGAUUUUCUGUGUCCUAUAUGAAUCCAGCUAUAAAGACGGCAGAUACUCAAUUUGGCAUUACAGGUGAUAAAGAUCUCAUAAAUGGAUUGAUAAAUGGUAUUAAUGUGAAUUUAUAAUUAAUUAGCAUUUCCUGCUUUGGGAGCAGCAGCGGGAGCUAUAACUUCUGGCAAAAUAUAAAAUUAAUUUGGUUUGAGAACAUCUUUUUUAUUUGCUGAUUUGAUUGGUGUUGCUGGAUUUCUUUUUUAAUUGCCUUUGUAUCUAGCAACUUUACUGAUUGGAAGAUUAGUGAUAGGAUAUGCAGUUGGAAUGAAUUCAUCUUUGGUGCCUCAAUACAUUAAGGAAUUUUCACCUGAAUCUUUGUCAGGACCAUUUGGAGCUAUGUUUUAGAUGACAAUCAAUAUAGGUUGCUUGGUUGCUUUAAUAAUGGGAAUGUACAAAUUAUUUUGAAAAGAGGUUUUUUGAUGCAGAUGGAGAGAGUCUUGACUAUUUCAGAUUUGUCGUUGUGUUCCCAAUGAUUAUUUGUGCAUUAAGGAUAUUCUUUUUGGCAUUUGCUUUUUAGGAUAAUCCGCCAUCCUAUUAUAUUUAUAGAAACAAGUUCAAAACUGUAAAUCAAUGCAUUAUAAUAGGCCAAAGCAGUAAUCAGAAAUUACUAUAAACGAAGAUUCGCUGACUAAAUUUUCGAUGAAUUGAAAUAACAAAUUGAGGCAAAACAAUCUGAAACUUCGGAUAGCAAAAACCAAGACUCAGCUUCAUAUAGAAGCCGCUUGAUUGUAGGUUGUACUCUUUAGAUUAUUCAAUAAUUUAGUGGCAUUAACGCAGUGCUUAUAUAUUCUUCUGGUUUAUUCAUUAAUGUAAUAAUCCACUUAGUUUUUAGAUAACUGGAGGUAACAAUGAAUUAAAAAAUUGGCUAAACAUAGCAGUUGGUCUUGUCAAUUUGGUGUUUAGUAUGAUUGCUAUCCCGCUUUUAAAAAACUUUGGAAGAAGACCACUUUUAUUAUUAGGAACUUCUGCUUGUACAUUGUUUUUAGGAUUUAUCAGUUUAUUUUCAUUCUUCUUGCCUAGUGAAGAAGAGUACGAAGUCACCACAUCAGCAGUAAUGGUGAUUGUUUUUAUGUUCUUAUAUUUGGCUGCAUUUUAAUUAUCUUUAGGACCAGUCGUGUGGGUAAUAGAAAUGGCUAAUAUUUAAGAUUUACGAUGCUGACGUAUUAGAUGAGAAGGGAAUGUCGAUUGCUGUUCUGUGCAAUUGGUUGGGUUGUGCCAUAGUUGCAUAAUUCUUUGGAUUUAUCAAUAAUCAUGGAGGAAUGUAAACCAGUUUUGGAUUAUUCUUUGGGUUUUGUUUGUUGGGGUAAUUUAUGAAUGAAUGAUUAAAAGGACUAUUUAUAUCUAUUUCUAGGUAAAAGAGACGAAAGGCAAGAAUCCUAAAGAUAUUGAUUAAAUGUUCAUGUUAGGAAAGGUGGAUUUGGAUGAUUGAACAUUAUCAUCAAAUUAUUAAAUAAAUUGU